UACCGAUACUAACUUUGGAAUCGCCUGUCCAAGAGCUAAAUGGCCAAGUAAACAUAUGCGCCUCGAUCCGAGAGGGGCUUCAUCGUAUCGUUUGGCACUAUCAACCCCGCAAUAGGUAUCCUCAGAGUUCCUGUAGAUGAGUUUGAAAGGGGGCCGCCAUCUGUCGGCUAUGCCUAUUGUACCAAUCACUAUGGAUCCGGCUUGAAUGACAGCUGUACCUCCCAAGUACCACGGCAGCUUAGGCCUACAAGCGACAACACCGGAACACGCACGUCAGAUCUACCAGCACUGGACAUUAGAACAACAAGACCACAGGUUCACCUUCCCACUCUGCCACGGUAGAUGUCAGUGCCACGCCAUGUCUCUCAGCCCAAGGGAUUCGAUAGCGUCGAAACCGAGGACGUGGUUUACCGCCGUUCGAGGCCACAAUCAUGUUUCCGCGAAUGCCAACUGGCAGUCUAGCCGCCGCAUGACCUCCAGCACCAACCCAUGGAACGUUUCACCCUUGCCGUCCCGUACUAUGUACUCCAAUGUUACGGCUCUCGCUCACUGCUUCUGCUUUACUUCUACAUAUCAUGCUGCCGCGCUUUGCUAAUUCGAGAACCGUAGCCGCAACCCCACAUCUCCGCAUUUCAGAAAGGCGUGCUCUACAUCACGUAAUGACGCACAGCCUCGCAUUGGGUUCACGAAUGCAGACCCGGUUUUACUGCCCGACCCAGGCCGACCC